AUCCUUUGUGAGCAGCGACCUCUGACGAACGAAAAACAGGAAAAUGAAUGAAUGUGUUCGCGCCAUCGUGAACUACGGAAACGUGCGAAUAUUAUACCAAAGAAAUUUUUGACUAUUGUCAAAAAUGAGAUUAUUUAUGACCAGAGAGACAGCUGAAGAUAUUUAAUGUGGGAAUUUUCUUGAAAAAAUAAAAAUAUACGGUGAAGUCAAAACAAACAUGGCGGACACUGUAGGUAAUGUUAUUGAUAUGAAUGGAACGCAUGUGUUGGAUAAUGGUACCAUUAUAACCACACAGGACAUGGAUGGAACAGUUGUGACCGAGGUUACAGAUGAAGACAUCAUCCAACAAGCUUUGGACGAAGCGACGGGAACGUUUGUUCAAGCUGGUGUUGAAUAUACAACGGGAACGGAUCCCGAGGCGCGUGUGGAGGAAGAUCUCAUCGCUAGUGUGGUUCCCUCGGAAGCAUUUGUGACUGAGGAGGAGAUGAAUGGUGAGAGGGGACAGUUAGUGACAGACGACGGGUCGAACACUGCGUUUGAUGGGACGACAAAUGACAGUAUCAAUGACCAACUUGUUGUGACUGCCUUCAGUGAAAAUGUGGCUGAAAGUGGGGAGAACUAUUCCAACUCUGAAUAUGCAGUCGUAAAACCUGACUCUGAUUUUUCUCAAGAAAUGGAGACAGAUAAUAUGACCAAUAAUUCUACAGUCGUCCCAAGCAGUGUUCAGAACAAUGUCUUGAAACUUGACACUUCAUCGGGUAGAAUCAGUGUGACUUUAAUGCCAUCAAAUCAAGCAAGUGGGGCCCCUUUAGGUUCUAGUCAAAAUCCAAUUCGAAUCAUACAGCAAGGGAACCAGUAUACACCUAUGCAGAAUCUGUCCGCUGAGCAACUGCAACAAAUAAUGCAGGUCGUUCAGCAACAGCAAGUGGCAAAAUCUUCUACAGCAGAAGGAUCAAGCAUUCUUUUUAAUCCGCAGACCAACACACGAAUAGUGUACAGGGUGAUUUACCCUUCAGAACUUCACAAAAAUUCCCCUUCCUCUAUAAUCAAGACAGUUGGGGGGAAGAAACAAUCACAAGGGCAGCAAACACAGACUUUGGUUUUCAGCAAAGAUGGUCUGAGGAGACAGUACAAGAAGAGAAUGAAAGAAGAUGAAGAAGACGACGAAGAUCGUUUCGAGGCGCCAGAUCUCUCCCGAGAAGAAAAGGAAGAGAGAAAAAAGCACCGCCCUCGCACUCGCUCAGGGAGAAUUUCAAAACCCCCAAAGCACAUGGUGAAGGACUAUAAACAUCUUCAUGUGCUGGAUUUUGAGGAAGAAGAGGCAGCUGAUGAUUCUGAUGGAGGAUACUCAGACUAUAAAUACAGUGACGAUGAGGAAGACGAGAAUGACCAUGUGAUUGAGGAACAAGAGGAAUUCACCUUUUCCUUAGGAUUUGGAUCUACAGGAAAGCCAAAGAAGUUUCAGUGCUCUGUUUGCAAUAAAGCCUAUGUUGGACAAGGCAGCCUAGAGAGACAUUACCGGUCACACCCAGACCAUGCCCCAGAAGGAAUGCAAUUUACAACACCAGUCUCUAGCAUGUCCCACAAUGGAUUCAACAGUACAGGUAACAUGUCGGAGGACAGCAAUACCCAAGAUUCCACCUCCAGCACCCCACCCCGCAUCCCCACCUCCAGGGGGUACUACCCACGAAGGGGAGGGAGCAGGGGGAGACCCCCGGGUCCUAAUGCAGCACUCAGACGCAGGUCUAGACUCCAAGAUAUGAUUUCGAGCUGUUCUGAUGAAGAUCUGAUUGGCUUAGUUUUGCCACGAAUAGCCAAGGUUUUCACUCUUUGGGAUUUCCUCCUCCUCAAAGUGCAGAAAGGUGUUCCUAGGAGGCCCCAUGCGGAUGACAUUUACAAGGAGUUCCAAACACUGGCCAAGGAGGUGAAGGAAGUCUGUAGCACAUUUAUGCAGCCUGCUACAGAGAAAAGCACCAAUACAUUAAAGAUAGAGGAUGAGAAAUUGGCGGGUGCUGUAGGCCUGGAGGCAGGUGUUUACGAGAUCAAAGAAAUGCCUGCCACUCAGGAAUCUAUUACAUUCCCGCCCAGAGCUGCUAUAGCUGUGAACUCGGUGAACAGUGCAGUGAAACGUAACCUGAACACAGUGAUAAAAGAUGAGAUCUCCUCUCCCGCAAAAAAGUUCAAACCGACAAUGACAGGUCUGAUCCCUGCAUCUCCAUCUUCAUCGUCGUUAUCGUCUCAGAAUUCAUCCAACAGCAGUAUUGUUGUGCAUCCGAGCUCUGUUACCACGGCCAAUAAGAAGAUGACCCUCUCAAACAAUGAUCCUGCAUUGAAUAACCUUGGAAGAUCUUCCAACCAGACCCCCAUUGUCAUCCAUCCAAUUUCUUCCUCCACAAUGAGUAAGGCAGUGGCCAAAGUGAAGACGCAAGGCACUGCUGCCUUAUCCUCAACUCUGAACUCUCAAAAACUCAUCAUUUCUCAGUCCCAACCGUCCGCCCCGAUUCUUGUUCAGUCGGCUUCUGCUCGGAGUCGAGUCCAGCCAACUAUCGCGAGUGGGGCACCUGUUGUGGUGCAAAAUGUGCCCCAUCAGGUCAUUUCUGGAGGAGUUAGUCUGUUAAAUAAGGUGAACAAAACCACUCCAUCUAUCUCCUCAUCAGGAGAGACUAAGAUUGUGAGAAUCGUGUCACCAGAAGGUCUCAUCACUUGUGAAACUCCAAUCAAUUCAACUCCCACAGCUACCGUCAGUCAAGUGGGUAAUGGGGCUAGGAAUACAGUAACUGUCACUCCCUCUGUUGUAGUACAAGACAACACUGGUAUUGUGAGAAACUUAACUGUCACCCAAACAGAAGCUGAGACUCUUCAAAUCCCUAACAGUAUCAUGAUUUCACUGCCAACCACAAGAGCAGAUAUUCAAACCACAAGUGCGGACAUUCAAAUAGCAAAUAACGAUGAGGAGAGUUUUGUUACAACAGAUUUCAUUGGCUCUACUCCUGGCGCAUCAGAAAACCUUAUGACAGCAGAAGCAGUCAGCAUAGAUGGAACUGCGCAAGUUGUCGGUGAAGUGGAACAGACCAUGGAAGACGAUUCACAGGCUCAGGAAGGGCUGAUUCAAUAUGUGGAUGAAUCCACCCUGGAGGGGUCAGGACUUCAAACCAACCAAAUAAUCACUGCCUCCAACAUAUACCAGACCCCUGAUGGGUUUAUCAUCAUUCAGAACGAGGACGGCAGCACGGUACAGCUCCAGGGAGGGGAUGGGGAGCCUAUCCCCCUGGAGACUGUACAAGCCCUGCUGGCAAUGGAUGCCGACGGACAGACCAUCCUACAGACAACGGAAUCUGAGCUCGUUCAGUGAAGAAAGGAAAAAAGUUGAAGGUUUCUCAGGACUGAUGAAGUGUUCAUUGUUGGUCUUCACAAGCACAUGUCAUGUCAGUUUUUGAUAGAUGUAAGAUGAAUUUUAUCUAUUCAUGAACUUGAACAUUAGUGGAAUUCUUUAUAAUUAUUACCAAGUGGUUUCAUUUCUCUUAUGACAUGCAAAUUUAAAAAAGGAAAAAAUACAAAUUUUUGUCUGUGCAAUUUUACAUCAAUUCCACCCUUUCAGAAAACAAACUGCAGUGCCCUGCACUUAAUGGAUUUGAUAUUUUGUAUGAAUCUGAGAAAUCCAAAAAUCUCACUUCCUUGUUGAUCAAAACCGAUAAUUGCUAAUCUCCAACCAGGAUGUUGAUUAAAGUUAUGUCAUUUGAAUAAAAAAAGUUUUGAAAGAAAAAUCCCCGGGAAGUAAGAGUAAAUCCCCACAAGUGUGCUGUAUGACUAUAAUAGCAUCAUUAUCAAACUGUAUCUGUAAUUUGUAAUGGUUGACACAGUUUUUCUUCUAAUUUGAAACUUUUUUGUUAAAGAUCUGUGUUGAGAUGUUCAUUGCUAUCAGUUUCGGUCUUAGAAUGUAAAGAUGACCACCACAUGCAAGUUUAGUUUAGUAAAUUUCUCUCAGUCAGUUAAUAUUAGUAUUCGAUGCCAGUUUAAAUGCUGUACAGAAAAAUGUUUAUCCUUAUAUGUGUGUUGACGGUAACGUAAUUUUUUUUUCCAAACUGGAGAAAAAAUAUUAGCAAUUUUAAGAGAUGUACAUAUUCAUUUAUAUUGCAAGAAAGGUGAAUGUGCACCAUGACUUGUAGAGGUUAUUUAUUACUGCAUUUUUAAUUGCCAUUCACUGACUUGUCAUGUGCAGCUACAUAUUUGCUUUAUUUAUGAUGAUGAUGAUGAUGAUAAAGAUUAUAACUAUGAUGACAAGGAUAAUAUUUCAGACGUGGCUACUUGUUACCUGUGCACAGGUGUAUUUAAGUUUAUAAUGAGAGAACAAUAAACAUCUCACUAUUUAC